GAUUGGAAUUGGACUUGGGAGGAGAGGCGCGGAGUCAGGCAGAAAACUUGUUGGAGGGGAGUUAAGAGCCGCCGCCUCUCCAUUGCGCUGUGCUUAAGGGGCUCCCACCGGCCUUGCGAUUUAUUUUUUUAGUCUGCUUUUUAUAAAGAGAAGUCUAUAUAUAUUUUUUUUCUGAAGAGAAAAAUUUCUGUUCCAAGAGAAAAUAAGGCAACAUCAAUGAAGGAGAGAAGAGCCAGCCAGAAAUUAUCCAGUAAAUCUAUCAUGGAUCCUAAUCAGAACGUGAAAUGCAAGAUAGUAGUAGUGGGCGACAGCCAGUGUGGGAAAACAGCUCUGCUUCACGUCUUCGCAAAGGACUGCUUCCCCGAAAAUUACGUCCCUACGGUAUUUGAGAAUUACACGGCCAGUUUUGAAAUCGACACACAAAGAAUAGAGUUGAGCCUGUGGGACACUUCAGGUUCUCCUUACUAUGACAACGUCCGUCCCCUCUCUUACCCGGAUUCUGACGCUGUGCUCAUCUGCUUUGACAUCAGUAGACCGGAGACUCUGGACAGUGUCUUAAAAAAGUGGAAAGGUGAAAUCCAGGAGUUCUGUCCCAAUACCAAGAUGCUUUUGGUUGGCUGUAAGUCUGACCUGCGGACUGACGUCAGUACAUUAGUGGAGCUCUCAAAUCACCGGCAGACACCUGUGUCGUAUGAUCAGGGAGCAAAUAUGGCCAAGCAGAUCGGAGCCGCCACUUACAUCGAAUGCUCGGCGUUACAGUCAGAAAACAGCGUCAGGGACAUUUUUCACGUCGCCACCUUGGCGUGUGUCAAUAAGACAAAUAAAAACGUUAAGCGGAACAAAUCUCAGAGGGCCACAAAGCGGAUUUCACACAUGCCUAGCCGACCAGAACUCUCGGCAGUCGCUACAGACUUGCGAAAGGACAAAGCCAAGAGCUGCACUGUGAUGUGAAGUUUUGCCGUCUUUAAGGAGGACGCGGGCAUCCAGUGUAAAAAAAGAUAAAAAUUAAAAACUAAAAAAACAAGAGCAAACCGGAAAGAUGGAGUCCAAUGAAGUACACAGCCAAAGUCACAUAGACACAGGCUUAGGAGGCCCUUGCAAGGCUACCCAGUGUUUGGAAUCCUGUCCUUAGGUUGGGCAUGUAGACCGCGUGGUGAGAAGUGAAUAUGUUGAAGAGUUUUGAGGUGUGACUUGACGACUAUGCCAAAAACAAAGGGAGCUGUAAACGGGCUGGAGGAAGAGGAGCGCCAGAACCUCCGAGAAGAAAAUCCAUGCUCUGAAUGGUGCUUGCCUGUUUUCGGUUUUGUUUUUCUGUUUUUGUUACAACCUAUUCAUGGAUCUCUACUUCGAUUUGAUUUUUUUUCCCCAAUGUUUUAAUCUCAUUUUCAGAAAGUAUAUAUUAGUAUACCGUCCUCGUCGGGGAACUCGCACUGUGACCUUAGCGUUUAGUUUUCUAGGGGAUGUGGUCUAAUUUCCUCCUAGCUCAUCAUUAAAAUGGAAAUUGUAUCGGGACCCGUGGGAUUCAAGAGGAAAACUUCACGAGGCUUUGAGAUUCUUGACUUCCUGAAGGUCGCCGCUGCGUGAGAUGGUUUGAAAGCAAGGCUUCGGUGCGGCCUUACGGGAUGCGUGGACCAGCACUGCGAAGAUCGCAUAGAUCAAAUAGAAAAAAAAGAGUGUUGCUUUAUAUUCUGUCUGAUGGUUUUGUUCAUCCUUGUGGUUGUCAUUAACAAGUGGUAAAUUGCUCAAUGUAAUAUUUUGUGCGCUGUUUAGAAAAGAGAGUGUGGUUUUGUUUUCCUUUUUUUUGCCAUCGUUGAUAAAAAAAAAACCCGUGAAGUCAAAUAAAAGGUGUCUUGGUUUGAUGUGAUAGAGUGAUUUCAAAGAGAAGCAGAUGGAUACUGUUUUCACCAGGAGAGAUAAAAGGUGAAGGGAUUGAAGCAGAGAGCACAGUUUGUGAGUGAGGUUGUCUGGGAGAAAGUCACGUUUCAGAUACACAGAGCAAAAGGCUCUGGCACCUGCUAUGCCCCCAGACUGGCAGCAGAUAGUGAACUGUUGCCUUAUGCCACCUCCUUCAAAUGAACGUUGUCCUGACAAAGACCCCAUGUGCCCAAGAUUUCGAAAACCCCAGAUAGAAAGAAAAAAAAAAGCCACCUAUAAUGUCAGCCCUGCUAUGCGCCUAGAGCAUUUCUCAAGUGACUGCUAAACGUCACUUAACCAGAUUCAGGCAGGGCCAGGUUCAACACUUGAUCAUUGAUAGAGUAAGAAUCAGCAUUUAAAAUAGUUGAGCAGUUCCUUCCAGAGAGGAUAUCAGAUAAGACCCUCUUCUAGGUGGUGCUUGCUGAAAACAAACUUUUUUUUUUCCCCCAAUGAUGAUGCUUCGUUUUUGAAGCGCUGAAGCUGUGUUUCCAUUAAACUGUGGCAGGAGGGGAGAUUAAGAUAAUUACAGCACCCAGUUCUGUGUCUUACAAGCACUUUGUCUCUGCAAGAAAAUGCCAUUUCAGUCAUUUCCCAUGAAAGUCAGACAUUCUGCCAACGUAGUGUGCUUUGACUGGCGUGGUGCUAGGCUCUGGGCAGUAUUACAAAAUAGCUGGCGAGUGCUUUCUGUAUUUAAAUAUUGUAAAAAGAAAAUAAGUUAUAUAACUGUUAUAAAGCAGAACUUUUUGUUGCUUUUCUUUUUUUUUUUAAUGUUGAAGUCACUUUGUAUGUUUGUUUGGUCAGUGUUUCCACAGUAUUUAUUAAAACGUACGUGUUUUUGUUUUUGCUUUUGUUUUUCUUCAAAUAAAAAAGUAACCAUGUCUGUCUA